GCUUCUCAUAGAGUGACCUGUAUGAUUCCGUACCAUGACGAAGGUGAUGAAGUUCGUCUUCUGAACAGUCUGGAAAUGUUGGUAAAGUGAAUCCGAUUUCUUUUAUCCUCUCAACGAGAAAUCAAUCUGUGACUGUAUUGGUAACUCGGAUAUCAUGAUCAAUCUGAUUGGAAAGUACUAUAAGACCAAGAAUCUGUAUCUUUGAAAGAACUACUCGCAUUUCUCUUUCUCCCCAGAUUCCAAGACGUCAACAUCGACUUCUCCGAGUGCCUUGCGAAGAUCUGCAACGAAAUGGGCAAAACGCGUUUUCUCCAUGUGUCGGCUCUGCAACAGAACCUCAAACAUCGUUCGGAGUGUGCUCGCACGAAGGUGGGCUUGGCUUUUCCAUUCCAUGUUGGCUAAAAGCGACAAAGUGCUCCACGAAGUCAUGCCCAGCGCCUGCAUCGUUCGUCCUGCAAACAUGUUCAGCGAAGAUGACCGCCUGUUGACCUGGAUCGGCAGCCAGCUGCACAUCGAUCCGUGGCUGAUCAAUAUCAAUGGCAGAAGCGCUCUGAAGCAGCCUGUGUGGAUGGGCGAUGUGGCCACGGCGAUUCGGAAGAACUGCAUGACUCCGGACGCUUUCGCGGGAAAGACGAUGGAGUUGGCGGGAGGGAAGUGA